CACCUUACAUUUGCAAGCUCUCCUCUCCAAAUAUAGAACUCACUAGCAACCAUUUUCAUUUGCCUAAUUAAGCCCUAUUCUUUCAAUUCUUCACAUUCAAGCCCCUUGAUUCUCUGUUAAAACCACAACAAGAAGAAGAACAGCAAGAUGAGCUGGACAGGAGGUGACUGGAUGUGUGGAGCUUGCCAACACCAGAACUUCAAGAAGAGGGAAUCCUGCCAACGAUGUGGGUACCCGAAAUACGGCGGGCCUGAUGUGGCAACAUACCUGUACAACAGGACAGAGGUGUUGGCAGGGGACUGGUAUUGCAUUGGCAUGAACUGUGGAGCACACAACUAUGCCAGCAGGACCAGCUGCUACCGGUGUGGCUCGAUUAAGAACGACUAUGGCGCUGCUGCUGCUGCUGCUUAUGGGUCAGAUUCCGGUGCCCCUCCUGGUUGGAAGUCUGGUGACUGGAUCUGUGCUAGGAUGGGAUGUGGAACACAUAAUUUUGCUAGCAGGGGAGAAUGCUUCAAAUGCAGGACACCAAGGGAAUAUGGUGGUGGAAUGUAACCAGCAGAGAAAUUGGAGGCUUAAGGGUUAACAUGUACCAAACUCAACAACUUCCUUUGGUCUCUUUUUUCUUUCUUCUUCAUCUUCAUUUUGAAGGUUAAUAAGCAGUUUUUAGGUUAGGUUUUGAUACCCAUUUUCUAGUAUUUGGAUUCUGAGGGGGAAGGAUGUGUCUUUCUUCUUUUGUAACUCUUGUAAUGUACUUACACUGACUGUUACAAAAAGGAAAAUGAAAAAGAUCCCAUUUG